AAGCGCAGAAUAAAACAUUUAUUCAGCCAGUCACUUAUCUGAACGCACAGGCGACAUUCGUGGCGCGCACCGACGUUUCGCGCGGUCAAUUUAAAUUAUUAAAGAGCAUCAUUCCAUUCUUUCAAUUCAGAAAUUAACUAUGCCUAAAAAGAAAUAGGGAGGUUUGUUAACGUGAUAUUAUUUAUAUUUAUUGUAAUUUAUAUGAAAAUGUGCUAACUGGCAGUGUUUAAUGACUAAUUGUCGCGUAUCGUAUGAUUAACGCCAUUUUCGUCAGUCUGUGAUAGCGUGUUGUGAAGCUAUAUAAAGUGUUAAACUUUAUAACUUUAAAAUUGUUUCGUGAAAUUAGUUUCGCGAAACGCUGAAAGAAACAUUCUUUAUGAUAGGUCCAUAUAUGAAGUGUCAACAUUUUUAUCCCAAACAUUAUGAUUUACAAAUGGAUAUUAUGAUAAGAGUGAAGUGUUGUCAAGAAACUAAAAAUCCAAAGUGACGAAGUGAUUCGGGUGUCUGUUUUGUUACGUUCCGUUGCCUUAGAAUAAUAAUUAUGUCAGAUAAAACGUCUUCGUCUGUUGGACCGAGGAGUUUCGAGACGAUCUCAGAGGAGGAUGGUGAAUCGCCGUGGGAUAAACUCUUAGGUGAUGUGAAGGCUGCUGUACCGACUAUAAUAACGACCAACCCGUCGACCGCGACGAUGUCCCCAAGCGGGGAUGUGUCUCCGCCCCGUGUGGACCUCGAGUCGGCCUUGACGCGGUCCAAAAGCCUUAAUCACCGCAGAAACAGCAGCGGUCUUCUCGCCACAAUCCCAAAGCAGCUUAAACUGUCUCUCCGCGGUGUGCGCAGUGAACCUUCGAGUGUCAAAGACGCGCCAACCAGCAGAAACGAAAGUGCCCUUAAUCUGUUACUCAAAUACCGCCAAGCCAGAUACGCAGCGAGACGCGUGAGAAAGCGCGUUAUUUUCAAGCACGGAGAUUGUAAUGUAGUCCAAUGGAACGUGGCUAAGCGCAGGCGCCGAUACCUUCAGGAUAUUUUCACAACCCUUGUGGACGCACAGUGGCGUUGGACGUUGCUCGUGUUCGCUCUAUCCUUCAUCCUUUCCUGGCUCCUGUUUGCUCUCAUCUGGUGGCUCAUAAUCUUCACCCACGGUGACUUGAAUCCGUCCACUAACUCCAAUGAAACCUUUAUUCCCUGUCUCAAUAAUGUCAACUCCUUUACUGGCUGCUUCCUAUUCUCUGUGGAAACGCAACACACGAUUGGUUAUGGCUCCAGAACAACAAACGAAGAAUGCCCCGAAGCGAUUUUUGUUAUGUGUCUUCAAAGCAUUGUCGGUGUUUUCAUUCAAGCUUUUAUGGUUGGCAUCGUAUUUGCCAAACUCUCUAGACCUAAAAAACGAGCCCAAACUUUAUUGUACUCCCGCAACGCAGUCAUUUGCCUACGUGAGGGUCAACUGUGUCUGAUGUUUCGUGUUGGGGAUAUGAGGAAAUCUCAUAUCGUUGAGGCACAUAUAAGAGCUCAGAUUAUUCGCCGCAAGAUUACCAGAGAAGGGGAAUUAUUACCAUUCUAUCAACAAGAGUUAAAAGUGGGAGCUGACGGGGAAGAAGACAGAUUAAUGUUCAUUUGGCCCAUGACGAUAGUUCACAAGAUCAAUGAAAAGUCACCGCUAUACAACCUUUCCGCCUCAGAUAUGUUAAGAGAGAGAUUCGAAAUUGUAGUAAUGUUAGAGGGUGUCAUAGAAUCAACUGGUAUGACAACACAAGCAAGGAGUAGCUUUUUACCAUCUGAAAUUUUGUGGGGACAUCGAUUUGAAACUAUGGUAUCUUUUAGAAAGGAUACAGGUGAAUACGAGGUGGACUACACGCGUUUCAACAACACAUAUGAAGUGGAUACGCCGCUCUGUUCCGCGAAACAACUCGACGAGCUCCGAGCUACCGUCUCCACUUCACAGAAAUUAGAUCGUAUGCUCGGCACCAUUCCGAAAACCUUCUCCAACGACACCUUAGAUAUGAGCUCCGUCGAUUCCAUGUCUAUAGACGAGCACAUAGAAAUAAAGAUUCCAGAGUCAAGGGCAAAGGAAAACAGACUCAUGGCACAAAACAACUUUGUCCAACACAUCAACGAGAAGUCCAGAAAUACAAGUCACACACAUUUAGCGGUCGAGAAUGAUUUACAGAAAGUUAAUUCCGCUGUAGCCAUGACGGAGAGAGAUGGUCAUAUUCAUAGGAGUCAUAGUCACGCUAGCAUGAAGAGGUUACAUGGUCCAACGCUUAAUGGAGUCGGUCAUAUGGCGAAUGGCCAUGAUCAUAGGGAACAUAGUAGAAUCAAAAAAUCACCAAGUGACAACCAUAUAACCGAGAAAGCUACAGUAAUCCCCAUUCUGGUGACGUCACCGGCGCCGGAGCCUGCUUGACGACAGCCCACCCCUCGGUACAACUCUGAUUCCAAUUGUAAUUCACCAACCACUGCGAAUUAUCACUCAAGUUAUUACUUACCCAAUCUUAGGGAUGUAUGUUUUACCUACUUACACUUACCUGAUGAUCUAAGUUAUACACAUUUACCCGUUUCAAGUUUACCUUCUACUAGUUAUACACAUUCAACAGGACUACAUAACUUACAUUCGAUGAGUUAUACGAACUUACCCGGUCAAAGUGACGUACCUUCUACAAGUUAUACAUACUCAACCAACGAAAAUGACAGUAUUAGAGCGCCUUCUAAUCAUUUUUCCGUUGAAAAACGUGAUACUUCGACUAUUCGAAAACUGCACGUUAGGUUUUCUAAUAAAUAAAUAAAAAAAUAUUAAUGAAAAUGUGGUCAAAAUUAAUCAAACUUUAAUGUGGCUUAUAUUGAGGUGUUUCAGGCAGUAUUGGUAUUUUAUCGGGGCUUAAAUAAUUCAAAAUAUUGAUAAAGUUCCUAGUACAGAAUUUAUAUAACGCAAUCGAAUUUUAAAGAAACUUAAUUAAUUUUCGUAUUUUAAGAGCGCUCUAUGAACAUAUUUGGAACUAUACGAUAGCCUAGCCGUGCGUCCACAUCUGGCGAAUGUGCCGCGAAUGUGAUGCUCGCGAGCGCGACGCGCGUUCUGCGCAAUAAAUCCUCGCCCAGUUCCGUUUACUGUUCUACCGCUGAUCGCGUACGGCGGUUAGUUUGCGAGCAAACAGCUCGCAGUUGCACAUUCGCGGCAGAUUCGCCAGAUGUGGACGCACCCUUAUAGUAUGCAAUGUCGACGUAUUUAAAUUUUAAUAACGUCGUAACGUAUAUUGAAUACUAGACGAAUAGUAGUAUUUGUACAGAAACAAAACUAAGAAAUUUCUAAAAGUAAGCAACAUCCCGGAAAUAUUUAAGAUUAUUGAAAUAUUGUUUUCGUUUUUAAUGUUCCAAGUAUCUGGCCUUAAGCCAACAUUCUCUACGUAGCAAUUUAUAUAAAAACGAUUGUGUAACUCAGCUGAAUUCAGCGUCACCGACCUAUAGUCCAAGGGCAACCUUUAACAAUAUGGAGAGAAAAAUUAAAAAUAUAAACCACAAAUAUAUUUAAGUAUUUACAACAUUCUUUCAUUAUUCUACUAGUGAUAAUAGUUAUAAAAAAAUAACAUUAACAAAUUUAAAAUGUGUGGUGCCUGUGGAAAUCUUUAAUGCUGGCAGCAUUUCCUUGCUGAAUUACUUGUAUUAAAUAUGAAGCAUAAUGAUUGCGAGCAAAAUUUACAAUUUUUCAUAUAUAUACAAGUUUAGAUUAGAAAAAAACAUCACGUCAAAAUAUUUUUUGUAUACUUAGAAAUCGAUUCUUUGGCCAUUUGUAGCGCGCUCGUUGUCUUCCUUAGUAACUCACGGCUUCAUACAAGUAAAGUACCGUAUUUGUUAUCAUAGUCUCUAACCUGUAUAUGGAAAUUAGAUCGUCACCUUGGCAAGCUAUAUUUACUUACGUUUAAAAAUUCAGAAGCAAAAAUUUAGUGUAAACGAAAAAACAAAAUGCAUUAAAUUAAUAUUGAAUUAAAUAAUUAUAAAUAAACAGAAUUCUGAUAUCAGAAUGGAUCAAUUACCUAUUAUCAAUUAUCUAUUUGUCAAUAAUAUUAUACGUGAAAGUGAAUUUGAGUAAUAAAUUAAUUUCGCAGUGAUGCGCCUACGUAACACUGAACCUAAUAAUUUCUUAGUUUGGAACAGGGUUGUAUAUAGAAAAGUAUUUAUUAAUUUAGUGAAAUUAAACAUAGGGCUAGCGGAAUUUAUAUUGAAUUAUUGUUUAAAAAACGAUUUUUACAACUAAAUUUCAUCCUUAUGUUUAGGUUAAGGCUUCUAGAUUUAGAAUUUCUAUCGCCAGUCAAACUAUGGAUAGAAAGCUUCCAUUAAUUAGUUCAAUAUAGCUUUUUCAUACAAACCACGAUAUUCAAGAUUUCUGUACUGAGGCCCGUAUUCUAAAGCUAUCAAACCAUUUUUCCUGAACGAAAUUAUGUUUGAAAACUGAACUACGGACCUUAAAGUAUACUCAAUAGAGGAGGUCUUUAUUUCCACUUCAGGACCAGUUCAAUUUUUUUAUUAAUAAUUUUGUUUAAAUAAAUAUUUUAUUAGUAUUAAUAAUUUUAAAACCUCCUUUAACAUGGGUACAGCUUACGAUACUUUUUUCAUAAGCUAUUUUUUAACACUACAGAAGUGCUUAAAUAGAUAAAUUUAAUCCAAGCGCCAAAUUAUAUGAAUUUAUUAAGGAAAUAAAGUAUUAAAUUAUAUCCAAAUAUAAGUUAAUAAGGAAUGUAUACAAUUAUUGGCUUAUACAAUUUCUAAUUAUUAUUAUACAGUUUAUAUGAAUAAAUCGUAAAUUUAUUGUAUACUUGGUGUAUAAAUUUUCUAUAUUUAUUGAUUCUUGAUUCUGAAAUUUUCUAAUAUAAUGAUAUUUAUGUUGCUAGGUUAAAACAGAAUAAAUUCAUAUAUUCACUAUCUAUUUAUCUUUCUUUAAAGAAAUGUAAUGAAAGUACUUAUUUUACAAUUUUGGUCUUCCAAAGGAAAACAACAAAAAGUCUCAAUUUUAUCAAAUGUUGAUCAAGUGUUGAAAUGUUCGAUUUAAUUCCUAAAUUUGUAGUAUUAAUGGAUUCAGAAAUCAAAUUUUGCGCGGUGCAGGCGCCGCUUAGUAAUGCUUAGUCCAAUGUGAUGCUUUUAUUGAAAUCAAUUACGAUUUAAUAUUUAAAAUACAAAUAAUAAAUCAAU